AUGAGACUAUUGGAAAGUUCGGGGUCAACAGUCACUCUACGCUUGAGCUGCGUGCUCUGUUUCAAUUCCUGCAAAAAUUAUUGUCACUUGAGGCUCGAGCCACGCGCUCCAUUUCGAUUCCUGCAAAACUGGCUCUUUGCCCUCUUCAAGAAGCCCAGUAAUCCUGCUCCCACUCUCGCCUUUGUUUUGUCUGCUCUCACCAUCCUUUUGUCUGCUCUUGCCAUCCUUUUGUCUGCUCUCGCCUCCGCUUCUUCUGCCAAUGCCUCAGCUCUGAUUGCAGCCUCCGCCCAGACAGUCACAUCUCCCCACUUAAUACAUUUUGCUAAGGAACUCACUAGUUCCUUAUUCUCCUUACCUGCCUUAAGACUAUUUUUAAGUAACUUUAAUUCUGAACAACUAUCCAAGGUACUGGGAUGUCGACUUCAGGGGUCUCUGUCCAAUUUCCGCCAUAUCUUCAGUGUUGUGCUAAGUGCACACAGUCACAAAGAGGAAUUAAUCAACCCUCAGGACCCUUCAGCAGAUGCUACACAAGUAGCCAAUGGACUUUGGGUAUGGUCCAAUGAAUGA